CCCGGUGAAGGCUGAGUCACCCUGUCAACCCCCAGUGUUUAUUGCUGCUAAUGCAUUAUUAAUUGGGAUUUUAUGACAUCGGCCGUGAGUGAUUGGCGGGAGAGCUGAGUGCAGUGAAGUGCCCCAUUGGAUAUAGUUGUGUGACAUGUCGUUUCUUGGAUUAAUCCGACUUGAGUGUGGAGGUGCAAGACGUGUCAGUGACACAUUGGAUUAUUAUUAAUGCAAAGGUGUCAAAAACAACUUGAUUUUGAGAAGGGACAACAUAUCCAGAAAAUCGUCUUCCAUACUUCACACAACAAUAACAAGCAAACGUAUAAUGUAGACUCAAAAGGCGUUCGUUAAGCUUUCAAGACGUGCUUAGAAACCUUCAAAACCCUCACCACUGAGUCAUCCCACCUGCAUCAUCAAUGGAGACAACUUUCUUUAGUUUAGUUUGAAAUAUCAGUAAAGAAUCAGAAGGAUUGCGGUCGGGUAAAGAGGUUUAGACAAACUUCUUCCUUCACGAUACAGGAGAGAAGAAACAUUAAAUAAAAACAUUUUUAGGAGAGACAUUGUAAAAUAACUGUUAAUGAUUGUUGAGCCUCUGUAAAACUCGUCAUUAUUAUGUUUCCUGGUGUAUAUUUUUAACAUUAUAUUUAUACUUAAGGUGGAUAAACAGUUUUGUUUCAUAAAUAUAAUGUGAUCUUGUACAACAAUGAUUGUGUGGAUUGUGCUUGUCUCUUUAGUGGGAGCCGCGAUCGCCUGCCCAACAUCUUGCUUGUGUAAGUGGAAGGGAGGGAAACAAACUAUCGAGUGUAUAAACAAAAAUUUAAUCACGAUACCGGAUGGCAUGGAUCAAGGGACUCAAGUACUGGACUUCUCCGGGAACAAUCUCAAGCUCUUGCCUAGAGAGAGAUUCCAGCGCAUGGGGUUAACCAACCUGCAGAAAAUUUUCUUGGCCAGAUGUCGAAUAAGCCAGAUUGAUGAUCGUGCUUUUCGAGGAUUGACCAACUUAGUAGAGCUUGAUUUGUCGUACAAUUAUAUAACAUCAGUGCCUACAGAAACAUUCUUGGACUACUCAGCGCUAAUGAGGUUGACUUUGAACAAUAAUCCGAUCAGAUACUUAAAGUCGUCCUCGUUUCAACCAUUAAAGUUUCUUUUGUCCCUUGAAAUGACAGACUGCCAAAUGGAAGUAAUCGAAGACGAUGCAUUCAAUGGUCUUGAGAGCUUAGAGUGGCUUAAAUUGGAUAAAAAUCGACUUUUAAAUAUAAAAGGAUCCAAUAUCCUCCCGGAUAAACUGAAUGGAAUAGCAUUGCACAGUAAUCCGUGGCAAUGCGACUGUAGACUGGUGGAUUUCAGGGAUUGGAUGGUAAAGUAUAAGAUACCACAGACUGUAGAACCGAAAUGUAACUCUCCAGUGCGGUUAAGAGGGAGGCUGAUAAACAGUUUGGAACCGAAUGAAUUAGCUUGUCUUCCUGACGUAACACCAACUACCCUGUAUCUGGAGAUUGCUGAGGGUAAGAACGUGUCGCUCUUAUGUCGUGUGUCCGCAAUACCAGAAGCCAAAGUUUCAUGGUGGUUUCAGGGAACAAUACUACAGAACGAUUCCAUGGUUGCACCAGGCCUACAUUUGUACUACUUUGUGGAAGAGGGUGGGCUGGAAAAGAAAAGUGAACUUUUUAUUUUCAAUACGAAUAUUGAUGACAAUGGCACAUUCGUAUGUAUUGCUGAGAAUCCUGCUGGAAAGUCUCAGUCAAACUUCACAAUAAGGAUCGUUCUAAAAGAGGAACCUCUGGUCGGUCUAGCCGUUUUUCCAUAUGAGUAUGUCAUUCUCAUAUCAGGUGUUGUGUCUGUUUUAGCAAUUUUCUUGAUACUGAUAAUUACAGUCUGCUUUAUGCGGUGUAGAAAACAAAGAAGGAAGAGAAAGAAGAAAGACAGAAGCAAAGUUGCUGCUUUACAUAAUCAGCAAAAUUCAUCUAAAGCUCCAGGCGUACGUGAUGCAGCAGAAAAGUUGACUAGAAUUAACUCUAGUCUGAACCCUCUUGGAAACUCAAAGAUCAACGGUUCAAUAAUACUGACCGAUGGCCAACCACAUGAUAUGAUGUUGUAUGCUACAGAGGCAGGGGUGCUCGUUAUGCCAAACCACUUAGAUAAUCUUCAUAACUUUGGUGCUCAAAACACAUUGAAGUCCUAUCAAGUGGAUCAAAAUCCAGACCUAUUAAAUGACACAGAAAACGGCAAAGACAAACGAAUAAAAGGAAAUGACAUGUUAAACGGCGCGGAGUUAGACCUUGCCAAUGCUGAUUCUACUGACUAUGUAAAAAAGUCAGAAAUACCCAAAAAUCCACAGUGGCGAGACGCUAAUCAACGUUUGCCUAAUGUUACAUCUUUAUCUAGAGGACUAUCUGGGAGUAGAGAAGUGUGUCCUAAUAUUCAACAAGAUGUCCACCUUUCCCCGAGGAAGUUCAUAGGAAAUGAUGGCUACCCUUUAGAUUAUGGAUUGCCUAAAAUUUCUGGACAUUUCGCUGUUCCAGCGAUGCCUCCAGCAGCUUUCUACAGGACACUGCCACACAAAUCGAGACAAAACGCAGCGAAUCCUUCCAGUAGGUUCUCGAGAGAGGCGGAAUUUCUGUCAAAAUCCGUUCAGCCUCCAUCUUAUGAGCACUACAGUUCAGCGGAUGUGCGUUACACCGUGGAGGGAUACCCUUGUGGUCCUCCCACUUACUCGUCAGACACUCAAACAAAUUUCACAGAGCCCUUCCUACUGCCUUCGCCUCCCGCGGCCUACAAGAGCGAUCCGGUCUCUACGCCCCGAGACGCUGCAGCCCAGUGGCCCGAGACGUCGCCCGACUCUGUGAAACCCGUCACCCAGUGCAGUGUGGCAGCUCAGACCUCGGAGCCCACCGAGGAGAAGGCCUCUCAGUCUCACCCCCUACCUCACCACCUGCCGCCUCCGGUCCUCACUGAGAGUCCUGACGAGGGGUACGGGGGUGACGGUCUAGACACUUCGGACAUGUGACGCUCCCAUCACUAACCCUCUGUUCAGAAGGAAGUUAAACGAGCAAUAUUUUUUUAAAACGACUGACAUUUUUACGGUGAUGGAGUGCUCAAACCUGGACUGUACUUAUGUAGGCAUAUGUACAUACUGAUUUGUGUAGAGUAAUUUUAUUUUUACUUUUUGUAUUGUUUACUGAAAAAAUUUCAUAAUGUAAUAUUGUAUAAUAGCGAGUGAAUGGAUUCUUUCAUCUACAUUUAUGUUACUCUGAAGGUUGAUGUCGAUAUAAAAUAAUCCACCAAACCAAGGCUCGAUACAAAAAGGCCAAUUUAAUAUAGUAAAACGUAAUGCAUUUAUUGUAAUUUGAGUAUGCUAUAUCGUUUUCUUUAGUUAAAUUACAAUUACUAUGUAAAUAUAACAUUACGUUUAAAUUAGCAUGAAAAAUUUUGAUAAAUUGUUUUGUUUCUUACCAAACGCUUAAACAGAUGACUAAAAAUGUAUAGUAAGAAAGUUACAGAACAGUAUAAAUAAAUAAAACCUAGCAAUAUUCCAAUGAAAUCAAGUAUACAGUAUUAUGAACGUAUACAUUGUUUCAAUUACAGAACAAAUUUAAACUAGAAAAACUAAUAUUUUACCUCACCGAGUCAUAUCGUAAAAUCAGUCAAAAUAACAAAAAUAUUUUAAAGUUAUAUACAUUUUCAUAUUACGUAGUUUUUUUAAUAAACACAAUGUAUUAUGAAUUUAAUAAAUAAUAAAAAAUGUAUGGUUACUUAUACAAUAUUACUAUAAGCAACGUACAAUAAUGUUUCUUUCUCAAAUUUAAACCCAAAUUGUAAAGAAAGCAGAUAAUUUUCAUUGAACCUAGGGUAACUUAUAAAUAUGUUUUAAAAUGUGUUUAAAAACUUACAAAAUAAUUUGAAUAAAAUAAAUAGAAUAAGACCGACACAUCGCUCCCAAACCAUGUUUAGAAUCCGACCAUCAUAUAAAAUUACAAUUGUAUUACUUGACGCGGAAAACAAAAUAUGCUGUAAGGGCUUUUUUAUCUGCGUUUUUAUAAAUUUAGUAUUGUUAAUAUCUUCUUUAAAUCAUUUACUUUGUGAGUUUUAGUAUUGAAAGUGGCCUAAAAGAACGUUACACGCAGUAAGCUUCGCUCUAACAGUUUGUUACAUUGCGCGCAAGAUUGUAACUUAACACUGUGAUAAUUAUGUGAGAAUUGAUUUAAUUUUUAUCACAAAGUACAAUUCACAAAUAAUUUCAUCGCUGUAAGUUUAUAAGAUAUUUUAUUACCGUGUGAAUAGUUAUAAUUUUUUAAUUUAAAUGAAUGUUAGAGUGAAUUUGUUAGUUUUGAAAGGAAAUAAUUAUUACUUAUGAUACUGUCGGUUGUGUUCUUUUGUUAUUUAGUGUGUUUUGUACAAAUAUGUGCGUUGUGUUGUACAAGUCUUAUAGAUAUUUUAUAUCAUGGUACUCAUUAAAGUGAGUUUUGACACUUUCCAAUUAAAUGUACAGGUUAGAUAUAAUAUGCAAAUAUAACAUCAAAGAUUUUUACUGUAAGUAUAAUAUUUAUACCCUUUUAUUAGUUGUUUAUACAUUGAGGUUUUAUAAAACUUUUUUGUUAUUUACUUUUAGUAAUUAUAGUACAAGAGAAUAUUAUCCUAAUAUAUACAUAAAAAUAGAUAAUAUAUUCUUUAAUAUUAGUUGUCUUUAUUUACAUAGUUAUUUAAUAACGAUGAAAUUGUCAUUAAAUAUUUAGAUAAAAAACUUGUGCAAUUUAAUAAACAAACAAAAACUAUCUUUUUUCACAAGACAUAAGCUUAACUAUUGGAAAAUAUGAAAAAUAAUGAAACAGUAUUACGUGUAAAGAUAUAAAAAAUAGAGCAAGAAAUUUUAAUAAGAAAAUAAUAGGUAUGAAGCUUUAAGAUUAUUAGUUUUUCUUAGCGACACAACUAUUCAUUGAGGUUUAUAAAAAUAAUCUGCAUACAUUCUCUGAAAUAGACCUGUUAGUUCUACAAGGCAGUAAACAUAUGAAAGAAUAGUAACACGAAAUAAAACACUCUUGAAGAAUAACUUUUCGCAUCUAAGAUUGAAAUAACAGUUAAAAUUUCUUAAAAGAAAAUGGUUACAAUGAGUAAAAUAUAGUAUACACAAAGAUUAUGAUUAGGCUAAAUUUAAUAUAAUUAGAAAUGAAAUAAGGAUAAAACCCUUUAUUAUUACUAUCUAAAUAAUUGGUAUAAAAUAUAGUUUAGAUCAAUUGUAUAAAAUUUAGGCUGGUUUUUGUACCACCUAAUACGUGUUUGUGUUGAAUAAGUAUUAAAAACCUUAUUAAUAUUUGGUUAACCUGUUAAAUUAAACUUCAAUUGUAUUGUAUUCCAUAUUUAUUUUGAGAAUUAAUAUUACAUAAUGUUAUCAGGGUAUAAUGAGUUAAUAUUACUACAAAUUUACAUUUUAUUCAGUACGAACUGAUAAAUAUACAGUAUAAGGUAAAAUAAAAGAAAGAAUAACUUUGUAGGUAGAGGUGUAUUGCACAUUUAUUGUACAUAGCAACCGUUACAAUGUUGAUUAUAUUUGGUAAAAUAAACACUGUAUAAACCA